AUGACGCGCCACCCAUCCUUGAAAAAACAUUCCUACAUCCAUCUUUCCAUCAAUCCACCAUGUGCAGAUGCUCUAAGACUCAGGAAAUCAAUUCAGGAUGGUUUAGCAGAGACAUUUGGUAUCACAGCAUCCGGUACUUAUCUUGAUAUCCUCUGGAUUGCUGAAAGUGGAUUCGAGGUCGUCAUACGCCUCUCUAUAGAGGAUGCUUCAAAGGUUAUGGCCGCCGUGGUUAUAACACCUGCCUCACCAAGGUUCUCGUUGAUCAAACAAACAAAUUUCCUCCCAUCUUUACUGUCAAAAGAGAGGCUUACGUGA